GGGCGCUGGUCCAUCGGGGGGAGUGGGGGGAUGGCCAUCCGACUGAAGCCUCGCCUGGACGGGCUCAGCGUCGUGGCCGUACUUGUCUCCCCGGCCGAAAAAGAGGCACCAGGCAGCCGGAGGGAGGUGUUACUGAAACUCAAUGGAGGACUUCACUCGCUUGGGUUACUGCAUUGUGGCUGGCAGCUUCGUAGCCUUCCAGUUCUCCUUCUCAGCCCUCAGCCCCCAGCUGUCCUUGUCCUUGAGCCCCAGCUACUGCAGCCUUCCUUCGGUCAAGCAGAGUGAAUGGAAUUCCAGAUGUGUGUCUACUCUCCAUGCAGUGAUAGUUGGCCUCUUCUGCCUCUACAUCCUUUGGUAUGACGAUGCUGUAAAUGCCAACCCCAUCUGGGGAGAUCCUUGGUUGGUCAAACUGAAUGUAGCUAUCACCUGUGGCUAUCUGCUCUAUGAUCUGUUGCUGCUAGUGCGCUACUGGAAGACAUUGGGGGAUUCUCUUUUCGUUUGCCACCACUUGGUGGCACUAUAUGCUUAUGGAUACGUAUUGAGUCGUGGGGUGCUUCCCUAUUUUGCCAACUUCCGUCUCCUUUCAGAACUCUCCACACCCUUUGUGAAUUUGCGGUGGUUCCUGGAUGCAGCUGGCUGGCCACGUACUUCAAGUUUUGUUUUGGCCAAUGGGUUGGCCAUGAUGGUAGUGUUCUUUAUGCUAGCACAGAAAUAUGAUCCCCAGCGGGAACUUGAAUUGCGACAAUGGAUUGAGGAGGCAACGGGGAAGCGCAUUGGAGACAACUUCAUGGAAAGUCUGAAAGAUGGAGUCAUCCUGUGCGAACUUAUCAACAAACUCCAACCUGGAUCUGUAAGGAAAGUGAAUGAAUCCACCCAGAACUGGCAUCAGCUGGAAAACAUUGGCAACUUUAUUAAGGCUAUCACAAGAUAUGGAGUGAAACCCCAUGACAUUUUUGAAGCAAAUGAUCUCUUUGAAAAUACAAACCAUACCCAGGUCCAGUCAACCCUGAUCGCUUUAGCUAGCAUGGCAAAGACAAAAGGCAACAGGGUGAAUGUUGGAGUGAAAUAUGCCGAAAAACAACAGCGGAAAUUCCUGCCUGAAAAGCUGAAAGAAGGAAGGAACAUCAUUGGAUUGCAGAUGGGCACUAACAAGUUUGCCAGCCAGCAAGGUAUGACAGCAUAUGGCACACGUCGACACCUCUAUGAUCCAAAGUUGGGUGCAGACCAACCUCUAGAUCAGGCUACAAUCAGUCUACAAAUGGGAACCAACAAGGGGGCUAGCCAGGCGGGCAUGACAGCUCCUGGAACCAAGAGACAAAUCUUUGAGCCCACACUUGGCAUGGAGCACUGCGACACCCAGAAUAUCUCCCUGCAAAUGGGCAGCAACAAAGGAGCCUCACAGCAAGGCAUGACUGUGUAUGGGCUGCCGCGGCAAGUCUAUGAUUCCAAGUAUUGUCUCACGCCCGCCUAUCCUGUAAUUGGAGAUGAUGAGGACCAAUAUAACCACAGCCAUCAUAACUUCUACAACUCUGAAUAGCCAGCAGGAGUUGGGGGACAGAUAUAAAAUAGAGACACCAGCACUGCAAGGCACUUCCUAAAAGAUCCAUCAUCAUGUGAUUAUUUUAAUCCAGGAAUAUAAGAAGAUUCAGACAGUUCCCUAAAUUGCUAACCAGCUCACUAAAGACUCCUUAAUAUAUGCCAGAGCCAGGCUUCCCCAUCACUGAGUGUUAAAGCUUCACCUUUCACGCUUUGACUUAUCGACUACUGUCACUGCUUUUGAGCAUGCACUAAUAUGGCUCAAGACUCUCAGGAUGAAAGAUCAAAUAAUAAAACCAGUAAGUUGAGAGAAGUAGAAACAAAA